GAUGUUCAACGAGCUUGCUGCACCACCAGCAGAGGAGAGAUUGGGUGGCCACACCCUUCACCUCGUCGCCGGAAAAGGCUACGCGGGUCGGCAUGAUCGCCCAUGGACAGACACGGUGCAGUGCGCCUGGAACGAGCCGACCGAGGUCGCGGAGCCGUGGCUGCCCAAGUUUCAGCACAUGAAGACCUACGACGAUCGCCUGCACGAGCUGACGCUGGGCUUGUGGGACUGGUGCAAGCGACAUCGCUUGGACACCAGCGGCGUGGAGGAAUUGUCGCUGCAAAAACUGGGCGUUGAGACAGUGUCCCUGGACUACCCGCUUGGGAUUUGCUACCUGGCACACUUGCUGGCUGACGCUGGUCAG